ACCGCAGAAGGACACAAUCUGCACGUUAAAAAAUAAAGUCAGUCAUUCAGUUCAAGUCCGGACAAGUUGGAAGGCUUAGAACGCGUCGGGGUGAAGAUAAUAAAAGACUCCCCUCAUUCCUUGCAGGGAACUUGUUUGUGUUUAGGAAAUGCGGACUAUUACGGAGUUGAACAUUUGCCUCUAGCCAACAAUCACCGUAGCAAUCUGCGUUUCGUUUCCUUCUCAUCGAGCAAAUAUUACCAUGGAGCAAACACAAUCAGAUCCAAAUUUCAUUAAAACGUUCGUGUUCCUUGAUUUGGAAACUACGAGUCUUCUUCCUAUGGAACGCCCGAAGAUAAUGGAAAUUUGUCUGGUUGCUGUCCAUCGGGAAGCCCUUCUAUCAAGCUCACGCAAAGAUUUGGCCUUAAUAUCAGAACAAAUACCUCGAGUUGUGGAUAAACUGUGUGUUUAUCCCAACAAGAACGUCUCCGAGAAGUCCUUCCAGCUGACGAAACUGGACAACUUCAACCUUGCACAAAGUUGUAAGAAAAUACUUGACGUCAACGCAGCGACGAUGCUGACGCUUUUCCUCUCAAGGCAAGAGGGGCCGGUUUGUCUCGUUGCGCAUAACGGUGACAAGUUUGACUUCCGAAUCCUGCGGACCGAACUUCACAAACUUGAGCAGCGCUUAGGCGAGGACAUUCUGUGCGCAGAUUCUCUAAAGGCGUACGCAGAGUCCGACGAGCGGACGCAGGAGGAUCGGACUGUCACCGUCUCGUACGCCAUGGAAGAAAUAUACAGCAGGACUUUCGGGAGGUCAGUACCAGACGCCCACAACGCCGAGUCUGAUGCGAUGGCACUGAUUCGUAUCAUGGUGGCCCGAGCUGACAUCAUGUGUAAAUGGAUGGAUGAAAAUGCAAUUCCAUUUAAUGACAUCGAACUAUACUAUAUCCCUAGUCCUCACAAAAAUAGCGGUACCUGCUUAAUAGCUAUGUCGACUGAUACAAGAACCAUUCAAACGUUCGUCUUUUUUGACUUAGAAACCACGAGCCCGGAUCCUGAUGACUGCAAAAUCACAGAGAUCUCCCUUUAUGCCAUCAAUCGCUGGACUCUGGAGGCGCGCGAGGCGAACAGUCGAAAACCACCCCGUAUUGCCGACAAGUUAGUCCUGUGCGUGGACCCAGAGAAGGCUGUGUCAGCAGGUGCAGCAGAUUUGACGAGCUUGACGCAGCGGUUGCUUCGCCUCAACCAACGAGGUGCUUUUGGGAAAGGGGUCGCCAAGUUGAUCAGAAGCUUCUUGGAAAUCCAGGCUUCGCCAGUGUGUCUGGUGGCACACAACGGAGACCGCUUUGAUUUCCCCAUACUGGCCAGGCAUUUCAGGGAGGUUGAGGUGGGUAUACCCGAAGAGUCGAAUAUUCUCUGCGCCUGUACCUUACGGGCAUUCGUGAAACUAGAACCAGAAUUAAGUGACCGCAAACUGGUCACACUGUACAGCCGGUACGUCGGAGGUGUCCCUCCAGCUGCUCAUAGCGCAGAAGGGGACUGUUUAACAUUGCUCCACCUUGUCCAUCACAAGGUCAAAUCCAUACUUCCCUGGAUAGACAAAAACGCUAUCUGUUUCUCCGAAGAUUUUUCUGCAGCGCCAGUGUAUGCCAGAGCGAUUCGGCAACGGGCCUCAGCCACCGAGAGAUCAUCUAGUUGUGGGGAGAUGCCCGAUUUGAAGAGGUCCCAUACCGAACCAAAGUAGACAGCAGUAGUCGAUGGAUGAAAAUGCCUCAGAUCCGACUACGCAUUGUUUGGCGUCUGCAAGCAGUUAUAAGCUUCCCUCUGUGAUGUCCUUGAGCCUUACAACGGCAAUGGCAUUGGUCUAGCUAACUCCAUUUUCUCAUGAGUCGAAAGAAAACGGCGCUGAAAUUACUUAAACUCCCUGUCGGUUCACUGCUGACAGAAACGCACUGAACUCAUUUAAGACUGGCUCCAUUUGCCACGAAUUCAAGCCUUGAAGACUUGGGAUUUUUUUCAUCGAUUUCCUCUUCGUUUGCUCACUCUAAGCCACUUUUAAACUCAUUGGCGUUUCUGCAUGCAACCCAAGAUGUUUAGUAUACUUGUAUGAAUUGCGUUUAGUGUUUUGGUUUGUUGACCGAAUAGUAAUACUGUAACAGCAGUGCUUUUUGUUAAUAAUGAUAACUAGUUUGAGUUAUAUGUCGACCUACUCCGAUGUAUGAUCGCACUGUAACUUUCAAGUAUUUUGCUGUAAGUCACAAUUGCUAAACAGUAGCUAUAGAUAAUGGUUUCUUGCAGUCAGCAUGUUAUUUCAGAUUUUAUUCUAAAUGAAGUACAGAACUAUUGUAGGUAAAAAAAAAAAGAAUUUACUGAGUACAUGUAUUACAAUUCCAGGUACCCCUUUUAUAGGCAGUUUUAUAAUUUACUCGAUAUGAAAUGUACAUUAUAAACUUUUCACGGUGAAGGUAGCAAGUUUUAGUUACAGAGGUUUGCGGUAUAGCACCGUGCAAAGUUAUCUCUUUCUGAGCAUGUAUGUUUCUGAAAAGAAGUGGAGGGCACUCAACGUUUCAGACAGUGUGCUCCGUCCGUCGUCAGGAGACCACGUUGAACGAUGAAGCUGCUUGUCAUGUCUUGUGUCUGGAGGCGAUGAGGUGUUGAGAGGAAGCUAACUCAGUAUCCAACAGCAGAACAUGGGAUGCUGGCAGAUGCACACAUGCUCAGAAAGAGAUAACCUCGCAUGGUGCUACCGCAAAACUCUAUAACUAAAUGUACAUACACUAUGAAAUUUGAAAGUCACUGUUUGAAAAUCACCACGCACAAAAAGGCUUAAAAUUUCCAUAUACCUCAUCAGGAUCCACCAUUAAGGAAUCUUUAGACGCUCGUCUACAUUUCCUCAGCAACUAAGACCACAUCAUUCAUGAAAACAGUCGAACACUAAGCUCCCUUCCAGGAAAAAAAUCUUACCAAUUAUUUUUUCACUGAGCAUAGUUUAAAAAUAUAUACCUGACAUAAUUCCACUGGCAUAUUUCUGGCAUUAUGUAAGAAGUGACAUAAUAUACAUUCCAACGUAUCAAGUCUUGUAAGUACAUAAAUAGGUUUUGUUUUCUUUUUUCUUUAUUUUUGAUUAUUCUUUUUCUUACAGUUAUUUUUGUUAUUCAUUAUCACGAAUGAACCAGUGGCAGGUUGUCCUCCACUGAUCGGUCAGUUGUUCGUAAGCUUAUUACAUUUGGCGACACGUGUAUACGAUGCCUUUGUUACAACAUUUCUCACUGAAAGUAUUGCUCACCCGGUGAAUUCCCCCCUCGGCAUUUCUCACCGGGUGAAUUCCCCCCUCGGCAUUUCUCACCCGGUGAAUUCCCCCCUCGGCAUUUCUCACACGGUGAAGUCCCCUCGAGUGAGAAAUAGGCUUUGUCCAAGUUUGGUUAGCGUGGGCAACCCAAAAAGUUUUUGUUUGUACAGCAUGUUUCUAGGUAGGCCUAAGCACCUUUUAAUUGUGGGCAGUGAGUUCAUUGCAUUUUUGUAUUCGAAGUACAGUAAAUGUGAACUGAGCUCGUUAUCCUGCAAGGGAGCUGAUCCUAGGCCGGCCUUCCCCUGGUCGUUGUGUUGCUCGUUAUACAAUUCAUGUGCAACUACAGCACUUGCUAGAAACUUGUAAAUACAAGUAGACAUUUGACCACUCGUCCUUUAUGUCCUAGGUAUAACAUAACAAGAUCGUGUUGUUGAUCGUGCUUUGACUUCUUGGUCUAUGCCUUCACAUGCCCUUCAAAGGACCAUGCAAUGAAUUUUUCUUCGACGACUUUUUGUGCUUUUUAUACCCUCCUUCAGUGUCAAUGUGAUACAUGUAUAUAAAUGCCGAAAUGCAAAAAUGAACGGAAACUGUCCGAAUAUGCUUGUCAGGUUGUAUGAAAUCAUGUUAAGUUUCUUUUCAACUUUGUCGCCCUCUAUCAACACUUGCACAACGAACUUGUGAAGUGUCCUUUUGAAACCACUCCACGCGCGUUCAAAAUACAACAGAGUUACAUAGUAAUUAUACUUCAAAUAUCACGCACAGGUUCAAUGUCUUUAUGCAGUUCUGCAUGUGACAGGAACGCUGUAUCUUUGGCCCUAAGAUGGUUUCUCUGGAGAUGCAAGCAAAAAAGCACUAUCUGGGGACAUGCAGCCUGUCCUCCUAGGAUAUGGGGUCUAUUCGCAAGGGCUUCCUACCUUAUUUGUCAGAAAUCAUCCCAAGUCUUAACGAUACAAUUGUGCCUUAAAUCAAGUUUAAAAAUAAACGUAUUUACCGUUUCCCCCCUUUUUUCGAAAGUUAGUAAGUUGCAAGUAUUUAAUUUUCGAUAAAUGUAUUAAUUAAUUUUUUCCCCACGUCUUUUCUUGUGGUAAAAAAAUUCCAGGCGAGUGAAGACGUUAAACAUCAUUUUUUUCUUUGCCUAUUUUCCGUGGAUAAAGUCACCAUUUCAGUUCAGUUUAAUACAGUAACCAGACCCCUUGAAACCAACAACCCCUUCGAAUGUACUUUCGUAUUCAACGUCUUAAUACUUAAUAAAUCAAAUAAUAGAUCAGCAAUCCAGUAUGAUAAAUGAGACCAACAUUCUAAAAGUUGAUCGUAUGUUUGAUGUUGGACGAUUCCUCUUCCAGUAUACUGUUUGUCUGCAGAAAUUUUUGGUACUCACAGGCAUGGAAAAUUGUUAAUUUUGAAUUCAUUUUCUAGAUAAGAGCUUACAGAUUUGAGCUUAGUUAGUUGGGUCAAAAUAAAGUCAGCUUUCAAAAUCAGGAAAAUGCUGUGCAAUUCUUCAAGGCUUUUGAGUAACGCACCGAAAAUUUCCAAAGAUUUUUGAAGUAGCCUACUUAAGCCAAAUGUACCCCUUGGCCCACUGCACUUUUACGAUGUUGUAACCGAGAAUGUAACCGAUAAUGUUAUACACCAGGGGGAACAAUUUAGGAUAUUUUCUUGCAUCAAAGCAAGAUUUCCAAGGGAAAGGAAACGGCCUUUCGAGGUAUGUAGAACACACAAGCUAUAAAGAAAACCAAGUCCGCCAAAAAUGCUCUUCGUAAGAAAGCCUUUGGAAGCAACGCAAACGAAGAUAAUGAAGGGCAUUUCGAGAGGCGUUUAAAGCGCGUAAUUAUUCAAAGCGCUUGGACAAAAACAAACUUAAGAACCGAACUUAAUGUAAUUAUGAAAAACUUUCUAAGCAAUGCGUUGACGGAAAGACUGGACAGAAGGGCGUUUCACCAACGUCUGACUUAAAUUGCACAAAUUCUGAGAAAAUGCUCUAAAUCCAGUUGUUACAUUUUUCUUGCCAGUUUAACCGAAGGUCAAUCUUCAUUCAGUUCUCCCAUGGGAUAUCCGCUCUAUCCCUUAAACACAAAAAGCCACCUCUGAUUGACCGAUGAUUGACGUGGGGUUUCUCCGUAUUUAAAAGUUUAACGACGCACCAUUUACUUGCAACAUUAUUUAGCAAACUUUGCUCCAAGGACACCACCUGGCAGUCGGUCUAUUUAGUAUAACAGCGAGAAAAUUCUUUUCCAUAAAUCGGGCUAUGCACUGCACUCAUAAACCGGAAAACUGAUGAAUGAUUUCGCUUAGGCCUACGUCAGGUUUUGGGAAACUUCUCCACUAUAUCCUUUCUGAAUAAACUGACUGACUAUAAAUUAUGAAGGAACUUCUAGCAAAUGCCAGAAGCAUAAAAGAAGUUCAUUUCUCUGCGUUACGAAAAUUUGUCUGUACGUUGCAAGCCUAACGCUUGAGCAAGCUUCAUUAGGAUAAGGCUAAUUUGAAUGGAGUGUUAGGGGGUCAGAACAUAGAAGGCGUAGACGGCCUCGGGUGUGGCCGUUCUGGCCUGCGUCCUUCACUGCGCUACAGUCGGUUACUCCUUGACCACUUCUUUGAUAUGUGCUCUAUUACUUUACUAGGCCAUAAUUUUUUCAAGAGCCUUUUAGCUCAUUGAGUUUUAUCUCUUGUUUUUUACCCUGGACUGGAAAUUUGCAACUGUACACUGUUUACAUACUAACCUAUAGUUUUCAAUUCGCAUAAUAUUGUACAAUGGCUGGACGAGUAACUCCUCAGAUCAAGACCAAUAAUAUCUGCAUACUGGUAUAAAUAAAUGCAAAGGUUAGCUUUAGCUUAACUGAUUUCGGAAUCAAGAACUUCAAUAUAUUCUAAAGAGCCUCGCAAGUGCUUUGUUUACAAUGAAGUAGGAAUUUAAAAUCGUUUACGGAUAUAAGAUUGAUAUUUUUGCUUUUAUAAGCUCCAAGGUUGUAGUAUAUAACAAGAUGUGAAGUUUUGAUAUUACAAUUGUCGAAAAAUAAACCAGCUGACGCUAGCCAGCCGGACAGGCUACAUGCAAUUUA